GCGCGCGCUGCUUGGUAGUAGCCGGUUUUACGAGAGCCCCAGCUUCUGCUCGAUGCCGAUGAUCACUGUUUUUGUCGAUGGAUAGGCUUUCUCGUAUGCAAACACGCUAGUGGCAUCAAUUGGCGAUUGUUCGUGGUGCUGCUCGGACGCAUCCGCGUGCUUUGGUGCUUGGCGUGGUGAUAGAUUUCUUCUAGAACAAACUGUGACGAGUGAUCGUUUUGGUGCGGUGUAUAAUAAUUGGCGGUCGAUCAUAAAACAAAACAAACAGCUAUUAUGAAGCUCGGUCUAAAUAAUGUGGUGCUUUUAGUUGCCACGCUACAGGCAUUGUUGCUUCUUCCUGAUGUGUUUGCUGUGAAGCUGAAGGAAAAAUUCAAGUGGCGUGAAGUAUCCUUCGCCUGGCCUUCGGAAGAUGUUAAGAGGGAGGCAUUGGAUUCCGGAAAAUAUAUCGUACACAACAAUCUCCCACUCGGCCUAGAACGCUGGCGAGACAAGCUGUUUAUCACGGUUCCAAGGUGGAAGUCAGGUGUAGCAGCAUCACUGACGUACGUUAAUGUGACCGACGGCAUGAGUCCCGAUUUGCGCCCCUACCCAGGAUGGGAUGAAAAUCAACUUCCUACAGGUAGCGUGGACAGAUUUUCAAAUCAUCACCACUUUCUUGCACCAUUCCCUACAAUAUUCCCUUUCUUCAUCUUUUCUUAUUGGAUUUUAGAACGCAAUGGAGCAUCAGAUGAAGGUUCAAGCUAUUUGAAGAACAAUGCAUCCAUCAUUUCCACCUUUCGGGUCCGUGCUGACGAAUGUGACCGUCUCUGGGUCAUGGACACAGGACUUGCAGAUAUUCUCGGCGAUGCUGUUCAAUACGCUCCUCCUUCGCUCGUACUAUUUGACUUGUACACGGACAAACUUAUUCGGCGACACUUUUUCAACAGUACCUUACUUAAGGAAGAUUCAUUCUUUGCGAAUGUUAUCGUUGACACCGAGCGUGGAGAUUGCGAUAAUGCGCAUGCUUACAUUCCGGACCUGGGAAGCUAUGCGGUGAUCGUGUAUUCUCUAGCGGAAGAUCGCUCGUGGCGCGUAAAGCAUAACUUCUUCCACUUUGAUCCGCUUGCUGGCGAUUAUAACAUCGGUGGUGUCAACUUCCAAUGGACGGACGGUGUGUUUGGUAUGGCGGUGGGUAAACGCUUGCAAGACGGUACCAGGCCCGUGUAUUUCCACGCCUUUUCAAGUACUAAGGAGUUUAUGGUAUCGAACACGGUGCUGAAAAAUGAAUCGUACGCGCAAAGCCCUCAAGCAUACUAUGACUACAAGCUGCUGGGUGACCGUGGGCCAAACUCGCAAUCGUCUGCCGAAUUCUAUGAUUCGGAAACAGGUGUCAUUUUCUACACGCAAGUCAACAAGGAUGGCGUGGGUUGCUGGAAUACGGUCAUGCCACUCACUGCGGACACCCAGGGUCUAGUUGAUUCGGACAGUGACGCAUUAGUGUUUCCCAACGAUCUGAAAGUGGACAACGAGGGAACGCUGUGGGUACUCUCCGAUCGGUUGCCCAUGUUUAUUUUCACAAGCUUGGAUGCAGAGCAGUACAACUAUCGCAUUUUGGUGGGAGAAACGCGAGACAUUAUCAAGGGAACACCGUGUGAUAAGUAAGCAUAUACAUCAACACAACACAAAACCAACAAGCGCUAGUAGCUCUCGUUUUAAUAAUUCGUUGCUUCACCAAUAAAAGUUACGAACAUCACGACAUUGAAGUUGUAUUACAUUCAAA